ACCUCGAAGAGCUGAAAGAAUUUCGAAAAUUGUCAAUUCGCCCGAUUGUGUCUCGUCUGUGAUUUACAUUUUCAUCGAAAGAAAAAAAAAAAAAUCAAAUCUUUUAACCUCAGAGUUAAAAAAGAAUGCUCCUCGUCUCAAAAUCAAGUGUAUAAAUUGUGCAUAAUUGAUCGAAAAACCAUUAACUUUAAUUUGAAAUCGAAGAGAAAAAUAAAUAAACUCGAAGAAGAAUCGUGAAACAAUAGGGGAAGUUUGAUGGACGAGCCGGGGACGAAUCAAUAAUAUUCAAAUUAAUGAAUUUUAAAUGAUUCAUUGAACUUGUGAACUUGGCUCGUAAGAAAUUUUGUGAAUGAGAAAUAUCCUUUCGAAUGAACUCGUCGCCAAAGAUCAGUCGUUUCCGAGGUUGAACGAGAGCAGAAGAGCGGAAGAUUUUCUCGCGAGAUUUCGUGGAGCGAGGACCGUUUUAAAUCUAGAUAAUUACGUAGAGAAAAAAGGGAGGAGGGAGAGAGAGAGAGAGGAAAGAGGCAGUGACAGAGGGGAAGUGGAAAAUGGCAAACGGAUACGACGAUUAUUACGACGCACCCUGGCAUCUCUUCCCUCCGGAUUACGCCGAGGAGGAAUACAGCAAUACAAGUGACUCAUUCCCUUCUAUCCGACAAACAAAGAACAAUUUUGGAGAGCUUCAAGAUGCCCAGGAGCACAAGUUUUCACAUCCAUGACAUUCUGCAGCUUGAUUCGAAGCCAUCCCAGGAGGAAACGGAGGUGCAAGGUAGUACCACGGUGCUACCGACCACGAACGAUGUUCCGUCGGCAUACCAACAGUUUUUCGAGCACACGACGGCCAUGUUACAGCCCGCGAUAUACGCGAAUCUGAACAGAGGCACCUUACCACCCCCGCCACCCGCUUUAUUGGGAUGGCCGACCGGUCCAACGUUACCGACCACAUUACCUCAGCCUUUGGAAGAGGUGAAUGUGUUGCAGCAACCAGACUCGACCAGCCCGACCAUCUCGGAUCUAUCGUUCCCACCGAAGCAGGAGGCGAACCACGAGUGCAAAGAGGAAGAGUCGGCGGAGUUCGAGGACGAGCAGCAGGCGAACGAGACCCAACCCCACGAGACCGAGCACAAAAAGCGGAAGAGGCGAGUGCUGUUCUCCAAGGCGCAGACGUUCGAGCUCGAGAGACGUUUCCGUCAGCAGAAAUACCUGAGCGCCCCCGAGAGGGAGCAUUUGGCCUCGAUUAUUCGGCUCACCCCCACCCAGGUGAAGAUCUGGUUCCAGAACCACAGGUACAAGACGAAAAGGGCGGCGACGGAGGCGAGCGGAAGCGGGUGUUCACCUAGAAGGGUCGCUGUACCGUUGCUGAUCAAGGAUGGAAAGCCCUGCCAGUCCAAGCUGAUGGAACCUGCCACGUAUCCGACCACGGGCCAGGUACCUAUGCCGCCCUACAUGCAGAAACCUUAUUGGUGGUAAGACCAAUGGACUUUCGUUCGUUGAAUGAAUGAGAAUCAUUCGUUGUCAUCGUGGACUUGGCGGUCGAUGGCUGGGAUAUCUGGAGGAUCGAUAGAAGGCUGGCACGAAACAGUCGAAGACGUUGUCGAAUAGUAGUCGGAUUUUGGUGGACAGAAGAUUAAUUAAUUAGAAGGUUAAUUAAUGAUUGUUAUGUCGGGAGAACGAUUUGUCUUUUCAUCGGGGAAGGGAAGAGAAAAAUUGUGGAUGAUAUUUGUUGGAAGGACGAGGAAAUCUUAUCCAAUUAUUCUGGGCGAAUUGGUAUAUCAUAUGCGACAGAAAGUGAAGGAGAUGUUGAAGAUUUAUCGUCGAUCAUUGAUACUUGAAAUAUGAGAUUGUUAGAGAAGGAAUAAAAUAAUUGUUAGAUUUUUGGAGAAAUUAUGAGAACUUUCGUCUUGUUGGAAGAAAAAAGGAUUAUGGAUAAUAUCUUGAUACGGAUUUUUUGUAUAAACAAGAUAAGAAAUCUAAUUAUAAACUGAUUUUCGAACAAUGAAAGCUGUAAGAUGGAUGGAAGAUUAUGGAUAUAUUUAAGUCAAUCAAGUAACGGGUUCGAACUUCUCAUGAACAAUAUCUAAGGAAUCAAGUGAAAUAUUAUCUUCCUCGUAAUGUUAAACAUGUAUCAAAGAAUCUUAAAGAAACAGUAUACGAUCAAAGUGUGGGGGUCGAUCAAUUUUAAAAAAAACAUCAACGAAUCUUGAAACAACAAACGAUCGAGAGAUAUGAAAAAUACAAAAAAUCAAUCAGAGAAAGAGAGAAAUCGUCAAGUACCGCGAAGAAUAAUCCAUCCCAUAAUUGUCAAGAGAAUUCCAGUACAGAAAAGAAUCGUUUUUAACUAAUAUCGUAAGAUUAUCAAGAAUCAAACGUAUUAUUAGCUUAGAUGAUUAACAGUAAGAAACGAGUGUUUGCCUGUAAAACUUCGACUAAGUUUACUCGAGUUCUCGUUGUUGAGUAAACGAAGUGUACUGCCAAUCGAAGUUGACGAUCGACCAUCAUUCUAACUCGUAAUUAAAGUGGAUCUCGACGCGAAAUUUGAAAAUUCGAUGAAACUUUUAUCGAUGAAAGUGUCGUUCGAGUGAAUUAAACUGCGUCUGUGUUUCGUCGAUUGUAUCGGGUAUUUGCGGAAGAUAAAAACCAAAGAUAAAUCGCGAUUAUGAUCGUGGAGAAAUUUGGAUGAAAUUUGGAUACAAACUUUUAAGAGGAUUUAUAAAAUUUGUUGGAAAAAUAGUGAUAAUAAUUUUGAAAUUAUUUGAUUGGUUGGAGAUAAUAAUAUCACGAAUAUUCUGUAAAUUUUAAUCCGAAUUCUAAAUUUCUAAACUGAUCAGAGAAUUAAAAAUAUUGUGGUUUAUUUUAUAAUAUGAUAUUCUAUUUUUCGAAUGAUAAGUGAAAAAUUGGAAUAUUUCUAAAAUUAUUAUUUUUAAAAAUAAUAAUCCUGUUUGUCUCUUAAAAUGUGUAUCUACAAUUUCUAACCAAUUCGAUAGGAUGAGUCGCAUAAAGUGUUCUAAACUUUCUGAUUAUAACAUUUUACGCCAAAAUCGUAACGUAAAAGUGAUAUAGCGUGAAUAAGUAGAGAAAUAAAGGAAAUAGGUAUGCACUGUCGGUCAAAAGUUUGAAAUUAAUUCUUUGAUCUCGUGAGAUCUUUAAAUUUAAAAAAGAAAAUCUUAAUUCUGUUUAGUUAUAACGUUAUCUAGUCAAAGAUUUAUAAAAACAAUCUUGCAUUGUAUUAUAGUAUCAACUUAAUAUAUUAAUUUUCAAGUGAUAGCAUUGAAUCGUAAGUAACACUACGACAAUUUGAGUUAGGUUAGGUUUAACCCUCGACUGAUAUCUUCAAACGAUAAUAACUUUAAUUUUUGAAUAAAAUUAAACAAUUUUAUUCAAUAUUCUAUUAUAAAUAUAAUAUUCUAUAUUAAUAUUUACUUUAUAAUCAUUAAGUUAGUUAUUUAAUGAUUCCAUAAAAUAUAGAACGAUAAAUAGAAUUAAACAUAACCUCAAAAAAUCUCAAAUACACCUAUAUAUAAAAUUAAUCAGAAAUUCAAAUUCAAUAAUAUUUUCUAAACUUUUGAUCAAUAGUGUAGAUCAUUAGAUAGAUUCACAGUUUCGAGAUUCUUUUUUUUUCUUCUCUUUUGUACAAAGUUAUCGUUAGCAUGUAUGUGAAUAUACGCGUGUAUGUAUGUAUAUAUGUGUCUCUCACGUUCGUACUUAAAAAUAAAAAUUCUCAUCUACGAAUAAUAAAUAAGCGAUUAAAUUAAAAUAUCUUUUCAUUUUCUUACAGAAACAUUUUUCAAAAUGGCGAAGAUUCUUGAUCGCUUAUAUAACAAUUCUCCCAUUUUCUAUCAAAUUAAUCGCGAUAACGAGAUAAAACAAUAAAUAAAGUUCGAACUAUUGAAUAAAAUAAUAAUAAUCAUUUCCAAAGAAAAUAGUUUAUGAAACAUGAAAUUUUAAUCUGAAUUGAGUGAAAGAAACAAUUUUUCAUUAUUCAAACGUGUUGGAAUAUUCUGAUUUUAUCGAGGAAAAAAAUAUUGGAUAAUAACUAUUGUUUUAUUAUUGAAACAAUUUCAUUAGAAAAAUAAAUAUUGGUAAAUUGUAUCAACAAGAAGAUUUUUUUUUUCAUAUAAUUGUAAUACAAUGAUUCUCGAUUGUUUUGUUUUUGUAGAGAUCGUUUCGUGGAAUGGAGGAGAUAAUAUAGAGCAAGUAAUAAUUGUAUAGAGGGAGUGAUACAGUCGAUACAGAAAUCCCAGUUUAUCGCCUUUAAUUAGGAAGCAUGUAAUUAAUACGUCGAAUAGGUUGUAUAUAUGUACAUUGUGUAUAAUACAGGUAGUAAUAAUAUAACAGAUAUUUAAUAAAAUCGAAUCUUAAGCAAA